AAAUUUGCCUCUUAGUGGCUUCAAAACGCAAUCGUUUCGCUUAAUACUAUUAUUUUCUCUAUCUCGUUUAACCAAAAAAAAAAACGAGUUGGAGGAAAAAAAAAACCAAGAAAAAAGAAUAAAAAGCAAAAAGCAUUGAGCGUCUCCGGAGAUUAGGAUUAAAUUAGGGCAUAACCCUUAUCGGAGAUUUGAAGCCAUGGGAAGAAGAAAAAUCGAGAUCAAGCGAAUCGAGAACAAAAGCAGUCGACAAGUCACUUUCUCCAAACGACGCAAUGGUCUCAUCGACAAAGCUCGACAACUUUCGAUUCUCUGUGAAUCCUCCGUCGCUGUUGUCGUCGUAUCUGCCUCCGGAAAACUCUAUGACUCUUCCUCCGGUGACGAGUAAGAAGAUACUUUCCUUUUCUGGGUCUCACUCGAUUUUUGUGCUUUUUUACUUUGUUUAAUUACUUUCUCCAUAUAGAAGCUUCAAAUCUAGGGCUUUUUGAUUCCAUCAAAUCAACUGAGAUUUUCUCCUUGUUUUCUGUAUGAAGAUAGCAGAUGCGUAAGCUUUAACCUAAUUUAAGACUAAACAUUUUGAUCGCCAAGAUAUGUUCUUGAUGUUCGUUUCGUGUUUUUUUUUUCGUGUUUUUUUUUUUUUCAUUUUAAAAUCAUUUUUAUCUCUUUUUUUACCUUCAUUUGUGACGAAAUUUAAUAUUGCAUGUUAUUCAAGAAACUUUUCUACACGUGGUGAUUCGUUCUUGAUGUUGUUUAAGUAAUCUUUGUAUUGCUAGUUCCAUCUGUUGUUCACUUUGAAGCUUCGUUUUUUCAUAUAAGAAACAAUAUGUUUAGAUUGUUCAAAUUUUGAGAUUUGGUAAUUAUAUUCAAUAUUGCAAUGCACUUCAAGUAGUUUUGUUGAGAGAUUAUUUGGGGUUAGUGGUAACAUUAAUCGAAUAUCUUUGGUUCAAAUUGGUUAACACAUUGUACUUUAUGUUGAUCCAAAAUGUAUUGUAGAUCUUUUCUUUUGUAAUUCUCUUUAAGGAAUAAGGUUUAUCUAGUUGAUUUUGAUGGUUUAUUGUAGUGCUGGGAUAAGUUUCCACAUUGAUACUCGCCACACAUUCUUCAUUACUUAACUAAUUGGAUAUCGAUUUUAACCCUUUUAAUCGUAAUUUGUUGUGUGUUUAUGACACCAUACAAGAUACAUUAUGUCUUACUGAGUGACUCUUUGUUGCUCUCUAAGAUGUUGUAGUUUGGAUUUCUUUGCUAAAGAAACUCAAACUAUAACUGAUUUUACUGCUACCAUAUAUAUGUCAGUGGCCUAGUAGGUUCAUUAAGUAGAAAUCGGUCGCCAAUUUUACUAAUUGGGAGAAACCACUAGACUACAACCAAAUGUUCAAUGACUUUAAUAGUCUUCUGUUAUUUGUCGUGGAUAUUUUUAACCCCAUGAACUUUUGUAUCUAGAAAAAUCUCAUCCACUUCUCUUUUAGAAUACUUUGAAUGCGACUAAAAGUGAGUUUUUUUUUUCUAAUAGACCUAAGAUAAAAUCAUCAAUGGAUAAGUAGGAAAUGGAAAGGUAACUCUUGUCAGUAUGUGUAUAUAUACAGCUCCUUCUCAUUUCCUUGAUGUUGACUCCAUAAAUGCUUGAUCAUGAAAGCAAAUUUGUUAAAUUUGUAACCAACAAAAUGCACAGACUAUAGACGAAGUAUUAGGAACCGUAUCUAUCUGUCUCCAUUUUACAAUAGUCAAGCUCUAGUUGUAGCUAGUUUCUUUAUUUAGUUCUUAUACCUUAACAAAGUGGCACUAUGCAAAGUGUUUUUAGUUGAGAUUAGUCGUCUUAUGCGUCUUACUAAUUGUUCAUUUUUUCUUCUUUUUGUGAUUGAUGUAAAAUUACUAAGUCACAACUUGAGAUGUUACUAAAAAGAUAAGAACGUGUAAUAACUGAAGUGAAUUUGAAGCCAGUCUCUAUUCAUAUCAUAGCAUUAAUAGAUCAUGGACAACACAUAUAUAGGAUUAGAGCUGUCAUGACCUUCCCGGAAAUGCUAAAUCAGUUUCUUGGUUUAUCCUUUUUGGAGUAUCAUGAUAUCAUUUAGCCAAAGGUUUUUGGUUUCAGUAUUCCGAUUCGUUUGACGUUAUGUGUGAAAGCGUCAAUAACUAAAACUUGGAUUGACUAGUCAAAAUAUAAACUGAUUGCAUUGAAUUCUUGAAAAUUUUCCCUUAAAAUGAACAUGAAUUUCAUCAAGAUUUUGUCUUUUGGAAGGAUGUGAUUUAUAAUCUAUACAAUCAUACAUUUUGCAUGAUAUUAGUUUUUUGAAGAACCAAAAAUAGAGCUUCUUUAUAAAACUGAUUUAGCCUUGAUAAGAAAAAGAAGGUAGAUAAUCGAACUCAUGGGGAUGAGUUAAAAAUGUGUGCACUUAGUUUCUAAAACCUUUUGAAGUCGAAACAAUGACAAUAUUGGCUGCGAAGUUGAUAUAUAACAGGAUCUUAAAGUUGAAAUUGUAAAUUCAGAUUUUAAUUUUAGAGCACCAGAUGAUCAGAGUUUCAGAUUUACAUUUGAAGUAUAAAACAUUUUGAACACAUAUAUCUAAAGCAGUAACUUCAAAAAUAGGGUAACUAAUAGUAACUUACAUUGUUUUUUUUAAUGCUUUUAUACUUACUAUCAUUUUUAUAUAUAGAUGCCUGGUUAAGUAAAGAUGAUUAUCAAAAACUGUUGGUUAGUAACAGAAAUUGUUGCAAAUGUAACAUAUUAUAUAAGCUUUCUUUCACUUUGGUGCAUUCUCUCUAAAUAAUGGCCUCUAUUGAUGCAGUAUCUGAUUCUUAGUUUUGAAAUGGUUUUUGCAUAAAUUAUUGUUCUAAUGCAUUUUUGUUUUAUCUCCAGCAUUUCCAAGAUCAUUGAUCGUUAUGAAAUACAACAUGCUGAUGAACUUAGAGCCUUAGAUCUUGAAGAAAAAAUUCAGAAUUAUCUUCCACACAAGGAGUUACUAGAAACAGUCCAAAGGUUAGCAGUACGACACAUUUUUCUCCCCUCUUCUUCUGAUAAAAAAAAUGUUUUUUUUCUUUUGUCUACUUGUGAAUACAGCAAGCUUGAAGAACCAAAUGUCGAUAAUGUAAGUGUAGAUUCUCUAAUUUCUCUGGAGGAACAACUUGAGACUGCUCUGUCCGUAAGUAGAGCUAGGAAGGCAGAACUGAUGAUGGAGUAUAUCGAGUCCCUUAAAGAAAAGGAGAAAUUGCUGAGAGAAGAGAACCAGGUUCUGGCUAGCCAGGUAACAAUGACCACAAUAUCUUCUGCUCUUGAAGCUAAUUAAUCACUUUAUACGUCCCCGUUAUAGAGAGAUACACAUAUACACGUACAUGAAAACUAAAAGUUGAAGGACUUUGAUGGAUACUAGACAAUUAUAGUGAAACCCUAAAUAUGUGAUAAGUGAUAACAAAAUGCUUUUAAAAUCUAUCUUUCUUGUUAAUUUAGUAGCUGUCAGAGAAGAAAGGUAUGUCUCACCGAUGAAAGAUACUCAAAACCCGGUAUUUUUAAUUUGUGAAAUUUGCAAAUAAAAAAAAUGCUUUCUACAAGAUAGAUUAAUUUCUUGCAAUGUUUAGUAGCUGUAGAAAAAAAAGAAAUGUAAGAAAGUUUCUUACAGAUGGGAAAGAAUACGUUGCUGGCAACAGAUGAUGAGAGAGGAAUGUUUCCGGGAAGUAGCUCCGGCAACAAAAUACCGGAGACUCUCCCGCUGCUCAAUUAGCCACCAUCAUCAACGGCUGAGUUUUCACCUUAAACUCAAAGCCUGAUUCAUAAUUAAGAGAAUAAAUUUGUAUAUUAUAAAAAGCUGUGUAAUCUCAAACCUUUUAUCUUCCUCUAGUGUGGAAUUUAAGGUCAAAAAGAAAACGAGAAAGUAUGGAUCAGUGUUGUACCUCCUUCGGAGACAAGAUCAGAGUUUGUGUGUUUGUGUCUGAAUGUACGGAUUGGAUUUUUAAAGUUGUGCUUUCUUUCUUCAGCGUGAAGAACCCUAGACCUUCUUAUUUCUUUUUUUUUUUACUUUUUUUUUUUAUAACUUUAAUUAUUUGAUUAUUUGUCUUACAUUACGUGGCAAAGUUAUUUAGUUGCAUCUCUUUUAAUUUGAUCAAAACCAUA